CAGGGUGUGGCCUGAGGUAUAAAGGGUGCUGCAAGCCGGCUGCUGCCAGGUUAGCACCAGGUGUGCCAGGACUGCCAGGUGCGCUGCCGCUCAGAGCCGCCCAGCGCCCAGCUCCCGCUGCAAUGCUCCUCCCUGGCCUCCUGCUGCUGCUCCGGCUGCCCGCCAGCCUGGCGCGCCACGGCCCCGCACUCCGGGCGGCGGCCCACGCCCACAGCCCCGGGACCCCGCGCUGCUACUCGGCCGAGGAGCUGCCCCUGGGCCACGCCCCCCCACACCUGCUGGCUCGAGCUGCCAAGUGGGAGCAGGCGUUGCCGGUGGCCCUGGUGUCCAGCCUGGAGGCGGCGAGCCGCAGGAGGCGGCACGCGGGGCCCGCGGCCGGGAGCCAGUGCCCCGUGCUGCAGCCUGAGGAGGUCCUGGAAGCUGACGUCCACCAGCGCUCCAUCUCGCCCUGGAGAUACCGCGUGGACACGGACGAGAGCCGCUACCCGCAGAAGCUGGCCUUCGCCGAGUGCCUGUGCAGGGGCUGCGUCAGCACCAAGACGGGCCGCGAGACGGCCGCGCUCAACUCCGUGCCGCUGGCCCAGAGCCUCCUGGUGCUGCGCCGCCGGCCCUGCUCCCGGGACGCGGAGGGGGCGCCCACGCCCGGGGCCUUCGCCUUCCACGCCGAGUUCAUCCACGUGCCCGUGGGCUGCACCUGUGUCCUGCCCAGGUCGGCCCCGUGACCUUCAGCCCGGCCCCCGGACUCGCCUCCAGGGAGGCCCCUCCUAUUUAUGUGUAUUUAUUGGUUAUUUAUGUGCCUCUGGGGUCCUGGGCAGGUUCGGAGGCUCCAGGCCUCUGCUCCGAGACCCGGCCCAGGAAGGGACGCGUCCCCGGUGCCCGGGGGGUGACCCUGUGCUGGGCCACCCCCACCUCGAGACGCAGUUUACCCUUUGACACAAACAGCUGGGCCAGAAGGAACAUUUUCACUCUUCUAGGACGUGUUAAAACACCUACAGAAAAGGGAAAAGGUGUUCUGACGGCCGCCUCCACCUUGUGGACCCGUGGGCUCCCCUCACCCCAGCCCCCUGGGGUUCCUGAGCACCCCUGUGCUUCUAA